UCUGUUUCCCCCCCCCUCUCCCCGAGACACGAGGUUUGCUUUGUCAAGCCAUCGACAAGCACUGCGACUGAGAUUACGCUAUACACCGUCGGUCAGCCCGGAGCGACGAGAAAAUGGAGAGUUCGAACCGGAGUGUUGGGCGGGAGUCGAUCGAGUCUUCGUCGGAGAAGUCCAAAUCGCAGGCCGGGGAUUCAGUCGAGACUACAAAAUCAAACACAAGUGGCUUAUCCAAGUUGCUUCCGGGAAAUCGGCGGAAACGAAAGAAGAAGGACAAGAAGCAGGCAGAUGAUGGUGCCGUUGAUAAUGAUAAGGAUCUGCUCCCAAGUCGGUCUCUAGACUCUCGGGAUGGUACUUCGACGGCCUCGUCGAUCAAUGAGAACCCUAGUGUGGGGGAAAAUGAAGUUGGAAACCUUUUGACGGACGAUUCUGAGCCCGAUAGGACACCUCCGCUGACCACCCGCAACUCGCACGCUGGUUUCUACACGACCUCUUCUCCGUUGAUUACAACCACCACCGCGGACGAGACUAUUGCCGAAGUGGAUGAUGGAAUUGAAUCGACAACCUCGGUCGAACAGGCAUUAGGAACAACCUCCGCGCUCCUAAGAGCUGCCACGCAACCGGCAUCAUCAUUAGAUGUCCCCAACGACCGCAGUUCAAAGAAAAGAAGCCCCUCCCCAGCUCGCCGCCUGAAGGACGCAUUCAGCUCCAAUCAAGAAAGGGAUGAUUCUGACGAUGUUUCGGAGCAGGCCUCCGAAAAAUCGGAUAAAAGCAAAAGCUCUAGAAGCAUAUUCGGGGGCAGCAGUAGGAGGAACAGUUUGUCAGCGAGAAGAGCCCAGGCGAAAGCUGGCACUACUCCUGCUCCUGCUCCUGCUCUUCCAAACAUCCGCACCGACCUCACAGAGCCCAAGCCUUACGACUUACAAGCCAGUCCACUGCCCAGAACGCCACCACAUACGGCUAUUCCAGCCCCUUUGACGAGGGUGACGCCGCCGACUCCAACCGAUUCCAACAAGGGGAUCCCCUCAAUCCUAUCCUCGGGGGUCACAGAGUCCCCCGAAUCGAUGGGGCCGAAGGACGCGAAUUCCGGUAUUGUUGUGAGUCCCUCUGGAAACAUGAUUUCGCAUCGUCGGGCCCGGUCCACCUCUUCGGCGCAUAAGCCUAGCAAACUCUCGAACUCAAUAUCUGCCCUGAGCCCUUUGGAAGAAAGCAAAGCAUCGAGCUCCCGAGUCCCUUCUAUUGCUCAACAGAGCGGCUUCUUUUCUUCUGUCUUUUCUGCCGCUCAAAGUGCUGCCUCAACGAUAAGCAGCAGUCUCAACACGCAGGCACGACCUCGCAAUCAGGCGGCGACAGCUUCUGGAACUAAAGAUGAGAAAGUUCCUGAAACUGAAACCGAUGAUGGCAACCAGAGUGCAGGUGAUGGCAAGAGCGAAGAGAGGAAAUCCUUGGCUGUUGAUACCCUUGGAUCCGGGGAUCUUGAUUUCAGCCAGCUAGGUAUCGAGAUGCCAUCCGGCGUAAUCACAACCUCAGACGGGUUGGUCAUCACGAAGCCAGAUGUCCUAUCGGAAAAACGCAAAAAUAUGGCUGUGUCACAGUUGGAUGAGGAGGCAGCAAUGCUUGAGGAUAAGCAUGCAGCACGCGCAGUAUCUCUUGCCUACGAAAAGGCAACUGAAGCACGAGCGGCCGACGACAGUGGUGAGAUCCAGCCCAGUCCAGCCCUCCCCAGAGAUGGGAAUGGCGAUCAGACUCCUCCUAGCGGCAGUAUAUAUGAGGGCGAUACGAGUAGUGGAUUGGCGAGGAGUGGCAGCGUACGGAGCCGCUUGGCUCAGCGUCGCCAUCGGGGAUCUUCUGGCGCAACCACCUCCACGCUUGGUGCUAUUGGGGCCACUGCACUUGCUCUGGGUAUCCCAGGUGCUAACUCCAGCAUGCCGCGUUUGACUGGUUUCGCCGUCGCAAGCAAGAAGCGCAACCGAGACUUUCACCAGUUGUUUCGGAGUGUUCCGGAAGAUGAUUACCUUAUUGAGGAUUACAGCUGUGCACUGCAGCGCGAGAUUAUCCUUGCUGGCCGGAUCUAUAUCUCAGAAGGGCAUAUCUGCUUCUCGAGCAACAUCCUAGGUUGGGUGACAACACUGGUGAUCAGCUUCGAUGAGGUUGUUGCCAUUGAGAAGGAGACAACCGCAAUGGUUUUUCCAAACGCUAUUGCUAUCCAAACUUUGCAUGCUAGACACAUCUUUCGGAGUCUUCUCAGUCGCGAGUCGACUUAUGAACUUAUGGUCAAUAUCUGGAAGAUCAAUCACCCUGCCCUGAAGAGUUCCGUGAAUGGAACGCGGAUCGCGAAUGGAAGUGAUAAUAAAACUGAGAAGGCUGAGGAGAGUGAUGCGGAGUGCACAGAAUCAGAUGAAGAUGAGAUCUAUGAUGAGGAUGAGGAUAGAACUAUUGGCGAAAGUUUCUAUGAGCCUAGGGAAGGGAGCCUGCAUGGGAGUGACCGGUCUUCGUCCACAAAGGGGAUAUCCCGAAAACCUUCUGGAAACCUGCAGAACGGAAGCGGUGCGGCAUCAACGCCUGCCCUGAAUGGCAACGGAGAGUCUAAAGGUUCCCCGAAGACAGGUGCAGGAGAUGGUAGCCAAGACUUCCCUGGACCGGCUACUCACCCUCCCACUGAAUACAAUGAUCCCUCUUGCCGAUAUGAAAAGCUGGUCAAGGAUGAGAUUGUUCCCGCUCCUCUGGGGAAGGUUUACUCAUUGGUUUUUGGUGCUCAGUCGGGUACUUUCAUCAGCAAGUUUCUGGUUGACAAUCAGAAGUCGAUGGAGCUUCAGUUUGAGGUCGAUAAGAAAGGCUUGACGACCGAAAACCCGACUCGACAGUAUUCUUAUAUCAAGCCUCUCAAUGCUCCGAUUGGGCCCAAACAGACAAAGUGUAUCAGCACAGAAAACCUAGAUUUCUUCGAUCUGGAAAAGGCGGUUCUUGUGACACUUUCUACUCAGACACCUGACGUCCCUAGUGGAAACCUCUUCCUUACAAAGACCAAAUAUCUCUUUACCUGGGCGGCUGGGAAUCAGACGCGGUUUCUCAUGACCUGUACCAUCGAGUGGUCAGGCAAAACCUGGCUCAAAGGCCCGAUUGAAAAGGGUGCGAUGGACGGGCAGACCACAUUCGGAAAUGAAUUGCUCAAGAGCUUGAAGACCGCUGUUGUUCCACGCAGUGGCGCAAAACCCGCCAAGUCUGGCGGCAAAGGCAAGAAUCGGCGCAAGAAGGGAGAUACUGUCAGCGAGGAGGUGGUCGAGAAUUCUGACCUGGCGACGGCCGAUUCUGCUCAAUCACAAACUGGCUCGUGGGGUAUUCUAGAACCUCUUCACGGGCUCCUUGGACCCGUUGUCAGCUUGGUCAAGCCCUUACUGACCAACAACGUUGCCGUCCUUUUGAUCCUCCUACUGCUGAUCAUGGUCUACUUCCGCUCGCCUACAUCUUCGCACAUGCUCCCGCACGAGAUCGGGUGUCCUGCUUUGUCUCUACCUCAGCGAAUGGCUGCCUACGAGGAAAUGUGGCGGCACGAGGAGAGCGAGUUGUGGCAUUGGCUGGAGGAUCGAGUUGGUAUGGACGGAAUGAACUUCCCGACUGCUCGACGAUCACUAGAAUCGCAUACGCGCCAUAAGAGGCUCCUGAAGAACCUCCCCCCUGAGCGAGAGCUGGAAGCCAAACUCAACGAGGAGAAAAUGUCAGAUCGGGAGAUGGACUAUGCCAUCCGUACUACUCGCGAACGCCUCGACGUCCUAGAGAAAAUGCUCAGGAAUCGAAAACCCACACACAAUGAGGACCCGAUUAUAGUUCCCGGUGAGCUAUAGAGAAUUGGCCAUGCGCUACUAAGAUACCUCGGGCUCUUUCCAGUAAACCGAGGCUCAGCUUUGAAAUCGUCUGCCGCCUGCAAUCCUCACAUCUAUGCAACGCUUGACUGCUGCAUAUCCCCGACAAAAAAGAAAAGGGUGAAAUAUCCUAUCUCUUUUUCUUCUUCUACUUCUGCUCUACUUUUGAAAACAAAAUUAUUUGAGCUGCUGGACCUGCUGGAUCCCGCACCUGCUACUUUUGCUUCUCUCCCUUACUUACCUGUCCAUGUCUUUUGUGUGUACAUGAGCGCCAACUAGCUGUCUAUACUUGUAUCUUUUUUUUUUCUUACUGUCUAUUUCCUAUCUCUGUUUCUUGUUACCCAGCCUCCCUUUCGUCCUGCCGCAUGGCGUGUCUGUCCCUCA